CUCCCCUUAAACCCUACCUAAAACCAAAAACCCUAACGGCCAAAAUACCUUCCAUAAAACCUUCUCUCUCCCUUCAAAGAAAGAGAGAAGAGAAAAAUGGCGCCGGUAACAUUCAAAAGGAACUACCGUUGCUCCCAAUCGCUGCAACAGUUCUACAGCGGCGGGCCAUUCGCGGUCUCAUCGGACGGAUCUUUCAUUGCGUGCGCGUGCGUCGAAUCCAUAAAGAUUGUGGAUUCAUCAAACGCUUCGACGAAGUCGACUAUCGAGGCUGAAUCGGGUACCAUCACUGCCUUGGCUCUUAGCCCCAGUGAUAAGUUGUUGUUCUCUGCUGGACAUAGUAGGCAAAUUAAGGUCUGGGACUUGGACACUUUAAAAUGUCUACGCUCCUGGAAGGGCCAUGAUGGUCCUAUAAUGGGCAUGGCUUGCCAUGCCUCAGGAGGUUUGCUUGCAACUUCAGGAGCUGAUAGAAAAGUUCUUGUUUGGGAUGUUGAUGGUGGUUUCUGCACUCAUUACUUCAAAGGGCAUAAAGGUGUUGUGAGUAGUAUUAUGUUUCAUCCUGAUGUGAAUAAAACCCUUCUUUUCUCUGGAAGUGAUGAUGCAACUGUACGAGUGUGGGAUCUUCUAGCAAAGAAGUGUGUUGCAACAUUAGAAAAACAUUUCUCAGCAGUUACUUCUAUGGCAGUGUCUGAAGAUGGAUGGACUUUGCUAAGUGCAGGAAGAGAUAAGGUUGUAAAUUUGUGGGACCUUCAUGACUAUAGAUGCAAGAGUACUGUACCAACUUAUGAGGUGCUUGAAGCUGUGUGUAUAAUUAAUUCUGGGAGUUGUUUUGCUUUGUCUAUGGGUGCAUUCCGUCAGCAAAGUGGAAAGAGAAAAAGUGGAUCAACUGGAGAUUAUUUUAUCACAGCUGGUGAACGUGGAAUUGUACGCAUCUGGAAUUCUGAAGGUGCAGUUUGCUUGUAUGAGCAAAAGUCCUCAGAUGUUACAGUCAGCUCAGAUGUGGAUGAAGAUUCAACAAUGGGCUUCACUAGUGCUGUUAUGCUGCCCUUGGAUCAAGGACUGCUUUGUGUGACAGCCGAUCAGCAGUUUCUCUUCUACAAUCCAGAGGAGCAUCUUGAAGAAAACUGGAAUUUAAAACUGACCAAAAGGCUUGUGGGAUUCAAUGAUGAGAUUGUGGAUAUGAAGUUUCUUGAUGACGAGGAACAAUAUCUUGCUGUUGCUACAAAUCUUGAACAGGUUCGAGUGUAUGACCUUUCCUCCAUGUCAUGUUCCUAUGUAUUGGCUGGUCAUACUGAUACCAUUCUAUGCCUAGACACGUCCUUGUCAAGUUAUGGAAGAAGACUAAUUGUAACUGGAAGUAAGGACAACAGUGUAAGGUUGUGGGAAGCAGAAAGACGAUGUUGCAUAGGACUUGGCAUAGGUCACAUGGGAGCGGUUGGAGCUGUUGCUUUUUCCAAGAAGUGUCGAGAUUUUUUUGUUAGUGGCAGUAGUGAUCGUACCAUUAAGGUUUGGAGCUUGAAUGGACUCUCAGAUGAUAUCGAACAGCCUAUUAAUUUAAAAGCAAAGGCAGUUGUAGCAGCGCAUGAUAAAGAUAUUAAUUCUCUGGCUGUUGCCCCAAAUGACAGUUUAGUUUGUAGUGGUUCUCAGGAUCGUACUGCUUGUGUUUGGAGGCUUCCAGAUCUGGUGUCUGUAGUUAAAUUUAUAGGGCAUAAGCGAGGAAUCUGGUCUGUAGAGUUUUCACCAGUAGAUCAAUGUGUCAUAACAGCAUCAGGUGACAAGACUGUAAAGAUAUGGGCUAUAGCCGAUGGUUCAUGCUUAAAAACGUUUGAAGGACAUACAUCAAGUGUAUUAAGAGCAUCAUUUCUUACACGUGGGACCCAGUUUGUAUCUUGUGGUGCUGAUGGAUUGGUAAAGCUAUGGACAAUCAAAACAAAUGAAUGCAUUGCUACCUAUGAUCAGCAUGAGGACAAGGUUUGGGCGUUGGCUGUUGGCAAAAAGACAGAAAUGUUAGCAACAGGUGGCAGUGAUGCAGUGAUCAAUCUAUGGCAUGACUCAACUGCAGCUGAUAAAGAGGAAGCAUUCCGUAAAGAGGAAGAAGGGGUUUUGAGAGGGCAAGAAUUGGAAAAUGCAGUAUUAGAUGCUGAGUACAUGAAGGCAAUUCAAAUUGCAUUAGAGCUUCGGAGGCCUCAUAAACUUUUCGAGUUGUUUUCUGGGCUUUGCAGGAAGAGAGAGGCUGAAGAUCAGAUAGACAAAGCCCUUCAUGCCCUUAGCAAAGAAGAAUUUCAUCUACUUUUUGAGUAUGCACGAGAAUGGAAUACAAAGCCAAAGCUGUGUCACAUUGCCCAAUUUGUUCUCUUCCGAGCUUUCAACAUUCUUCCUCCAACAGAGAUAAUUGAGAUAAAAGGAAUUGGCGAACUGCUUGAAGGUCUUAUUCCAUAUUCCCAGAGACAUUUCAGCAGAAUAGACAGGCUUAUCAGAAGCACAUUUUUGUUGGAUUACACUCUCAUGGGAAUGUCCGUUAUUGGACCAGUAACUCAGGGUGAUUUGAAGACUAGGUCUUUAUUGCAUUCUGGGAAGGAUAUGGAUGAUGCGCCCUCAACAGAUAAGGCUGAUGAGGAUCAAAAACAAGUUUCUGAAGGGCUGAAAGAUAAGGCAUCUGCCAAAAAGAGGAAAUCACGCAAGUCUGGAGAGGGUUCACACUCACAUAAGAAGGUCAAGGGUGUUGCUCAUGCAAAUAAUGGAGCUAUUCCAUUGCAGGCAUAACCGGAAUAUGGAAGUUGUCUUAUCCUUCUCUAUCCUUAUUUGCUUGCUGAUUGAUCACUUGAGAAAUAUACCUUUUGCUGAAGCCAAUUAUAGGAAAUGCAUCCUCAAGCCAGUCUCAUUGGCUCCUUCUCCAACCUCUUUCCAGAGCAAUUUUUGAAGCAUCCCUGAUGGUAAGCCAGUGUCAGGGUUACCAAAUCAUAGUUGCUCUUGAUUUAUUGUAACUUGAACCAUAGAUAAGCUCUAAAUCUCCCUUAUCAUAUACAUGAAAAAUUUUCCUUGAAAGAUCUCCAUCUCCAGCUCCAGCAUAGUCUCUUUAGGAAAAACCAAAACCAUUAUUUUU